AUGAAUGGUAUAAAUUCUAGUAUGGAUGGUGUACGCAAUAAUGAAAUUAAUGACAUUUAUCAGCAAACUAGGAAUGAUCUGUUCAUUUUAAGGGCAUACAAGAUCAUAGCAGAUAAUCCGACGCUGAAUCUAAACCAUAUACAAUCUGCAAUGGUCACAAAAUUUAUCAAUGAUGAUGUGAAAAAGAAUAAAGCGAAGAAGAUAAGUAUUCAUCCACAGUAUGCCAAGACUUUUAACAAGAUUGCCAAAAUUUAUAACUCAUUUGUCAUACAUGGUAUAUUCAAUGAUGGAACUAACAAUUCCACAACUUCAAAACAACCUAUAGAAUUUUUCAAUAGAUUCCAGCAAAUUUUGAAAGAGAUUGAAAAUGAUUUUUCAAUAAGCCCUUACAAUAAAUAUUUCCUAAGGAUUAAUGACAAUUUGUAUCAAAUUAAAGACGAUGUUGAUUUGCAAGAUGAUCAAUUUUGGAACCUUCUAUCAAAUAAAAUAUUAAAUUUCUAUAACCAAAAGACAGGGAAGUUGAUUAAUCAAGGCCGAAGGAAAUAUAAUAGGAAGUCUGUUGUCACCCCAGAAAGUACUGAAAAUAAUAAAACUAAUGAUGAUAAUUUUUUAAACAAUUUUUUAGAUGAUUCAGCUCUUUUGAAAAAACUUCAAGAUGGCAGUAGUAAUGGUAGUAGCAACAGUAGCAAUACUAAUAAUAAUAAUAAUAAUCCAGCCAGUGGCAAUGGCACUUUCAAUUCAAGAUCUUUGAGUGGAUAUUACACUCAGCCAACAAGCCCAGGUCUCAGCUCAAGCUUUCCAUUCACAUUAAGCUCUGCAGAUGAGGAUCUUCUGAAUAAUACCCUUAAUAUCAACGGUACUAGUGGGAAAAAAAGGUCACUGAGUGCAUUCCAUUUGGAUAAUUUGGGAAAUGAAAACACCGAGAAUUCAGUUUCUGAUGAUAUUUUAAAAUUUACCAAUAUUGCAAAAAAACAAAAAGUAGAUUCGUCUACUGUCUUUGAAAAUGUGGAAAAUGAUUUAGUAAGUAUAGUGAACAAUACAAAGAAGGAUCAGCUACUUGAGUCGAUAGAAGGCGAAUUAUUGAAAGAUGGUGCAUCUUAUAAUACAAAUAAAUUGAAAGAUAUUGAGAAGAUGCCAACAACAAAUAGCAGCACCGAUGGUUCAGAUAUGCAAAGACAACUCACGUCAGAUUUAACGAAUAACGCCAGUAAUACAACAGGUACUACAGAUGGAAGUUCAGUAAGAGAUAGGACGACGCUGACGUCGUCAAGCUCAAUAGCCACGGACGCCAUGAACGAGAUGCAAGUCACCUAUAAAAUGAUGGUUAAUGAAAAAGAGAAACAAAUUCAACGCUUGGAAAGUGAAUUAGAAUCACAAAGACAAGAGACCUUAUGGUUACGAAAAUUGCUAAUUGAAGAUAUGGGUUUUGUAAGAAAUUACCUACAGGACAUUAAAAGACGAUAG